UGGGGUUGGGGGGGGGGUGUGGAAGGGGGGAAAGGAUUUCCAAAAUGAAGCGUUAAAGGGAAACGCUUAGUAAUUCGAGGUGGAAGUUCAUUCCGCACAUACAUUACAUGGCAAUGAUUGUCAUGAUGUAUUCACCACUCUGUCUGACUCAGGAUGAAUUCCAUCCAUUCAUCGAGGCACUUCUUCCGUACGUCCGCGCCUUCGCCUACACGUGGUUCAACCUCCAGGCCCGGAAACGAAAGUACUUCAAGAAGCACGAGAAACGGAUGACAAAAGACGAAGAGAGAGCAGUGAAGGAGGAGCUGCUGAGCGAGAAGGCCGAGGUGAAACAGAAGUGGGCCUCGCGGUUGCUCGCCAAGUUGCGCAAGGACAUCAGGCCGGAGUUUCGUGAGGAUUUUGUGCUGACCAUCACAGGAAAGAAGCCCUCCUGCUGCGUCCUCUCUAACCCUGACCAGAAAGGCAAAAUGAGACGCAUCGAUUGUUUACGGCAGGCGGAUAAGGUUUGGCGGUUGGAUCUGGUGAUGGUGAUCCUGUUUAAAGGGAUCCCUUUGGAAAGUACUGACGGAGAACGGCUGGUCAAGUCCCAGCAGUGCGCUAACCAAGUGCUAUGCGUGCAGCCCCAUCACAUAAGUGUUUCGGUUAAGGAACUGGACUUAUACUUGGCGUACUUUGUGCGUGAAAGAGAUUCAGAGCAGACUGGCAGCCCGAGGCCUGCGAUUGGCCCUGAUGCUGAAGAUAGCAAGACAGGAACCAUUGAACACACGGAAUUUCAGGAUAGCUUCGUGACUUCGGGUGUCUUCAAUGUAACUGAGCUGGUGCAGGUAUCCAGAACUCCCAUCGUGACGGGCACUGGGCCUAAUUUCUCCCUUGGAGAAUUGCAAGGCCACCUGGCUUACGAUUUGAACCCGCCAACCACAGGGAUGAGGAGAACUUUGCCAAGUAGCUCAUCGAGCGGGAGUAAACGACACAAAUCUGGUUCAAUGGAAGACGAUAUUGACACUAGUCCAGGUGGCGAGUUUUACCCCUCGCCCAGCUCACCCGCGAGCAGCAGUAGGAAUUGGCAGGAGGAGUUGGAAGGAGGUAUGUCCCCCACAGUGAAGAAGACUGAAAUGGACAAGUCUCCGUUCAACAGCCCAUCUCCACAGGACUCAUCGUCGCGAUUGAGUAGCUUCACACAGCACCACCGUCCUGUGAUCGCUGUGCACAGCGGUCUCACGUCGAGAAGUCCCCACGCCUCCUCCUCGCUGCAUUUCCCAACGACCUCCAUCCUCCCGCAGACCGCUUCAACCUACUUCCCGCACACGACAAUCCGCUUCUCUCCGCAUCUCAACCCCCAGGACCCGCUCAAGGACCUGGUCUCACUCGCCUGCGAUCCAUCCAGUCAGCAACCAGGCCCGCCUGGGAGGGAGGGCGACCGAGCUACAGACAUCACCAUGGCUUCACUGACAGUACCACUUCGCGCUCAGAUGAGAGGACGCAUGCUUCCUGCGGAGCGAGACACCUUAUAUCAGUUGUUCUACCCCCCAGGCCCUGGGGAAUCUUAUCCUCACGUGAAGCUGAACGGCAGUGGUCAAGUGGUAAGCAAAGUGCCGGGCCACUACAUUUCUACACAGAUGUUGGCGCCACCUCCUCCCCCCUCCAUGGGCAGAUCAGUGACGUUGGCAAUGCCACCGGACACCAAAACAACCAGCACCACCACAGAGGGUGGAGCAACUUCAUCGCCAACAUCACCCACGUACACAACACCAGGCACUGCUGCAGCCAACCGUCCCUUUGUGGGAAUAGGACCAAGAGAUCCUGGCAGCCUAUAUCAGCCACAGGUAUUUCCUGGUAUCUGGGAUAGUUGAAGCCUGCGUUCGAGUAUUCACAGAUGCCGGCCGAUCACGUUUACAAGACACGUACGUGGUCAAGCACUGCCUUUGGUUCCACGUUUAAAACCCCAGAGAAACAAGGAAGAAGGUUAUUCGUCGACCCGACUUUAAAAGAAAACGGGGGUGGGUGGGGAGGGGGGGGAAAAAAAAAGUCAAACACUAUCAUCCUACUAACAUGUUCCGAAGAUGGGCGCAAUUCACUUCUUCCAUUGGCUGAAGCUUUUUGCCUGAGGUUUUCCACACCCCCACCCCACCCCACCUC